AUGGUGGAGAAAGGACGGGUGGCUUUCCCUAAAAUCGGCUACGGUGCGUCCAGUGUUGGGGUUCUUGGGACGGUGGGCAAGCCAUUGUAUCAUGAGGCCGAUUACCCUGAGCAUCCGCGGCCGUAUCAUUGGCGUGACAUGCAAGUGAGCAUGGUUGGAGUGAAAGCGGCUGAUGCGAUGGAGAAAAAAGUCUAUCUGCACACACGGGUUCCCUUCUUUGUGUAUCAGAAAUAUAGUGAUGUGCAGGGUACUGCAUCACUUGGCGGGCGGGCGGAUAUGAUGACAUUUCUUGUGACUGUUCAGCCGUGUGCGGCAAUCAUGGCUCAAGACGCGCAAGUCAGUCCGAGAGAUGCCCCACUAGCGCCGAUGCCAUGGUCGUCCUAUUGCAACGCAUGA